CAAACCUCGAACCUAUCAGAGAUACUACAUGUCCCGCUCUCUACCCCAUGAUGUUGGCUACAACGUUUAAUGGAGUUUAUACUCGGCACUGAAAUUAAUACAGACGUUCGAAUUCAGAAUAAUGUGACCUAAAUGCCGUUCAAGUGUUAGUAUUAUCCGAACUAUUAUUUUUCUCACUAUGUAUACUCCUAGUCGAGUGUUGUACAGCCGGUUGCUAAUAAUGUCCUUAGCUAAGUAUUGAGCUACCGACUGACCUACUUUCCCUGUUCGCAGCGGCUCAGUCCUGUUUACAAGGGACUGCCAACGGAGGUUGAGUGGUAGAGGAAAACAGACAGAGCAUAGACCUGAAAACGAUUACUCCCGAAAUCUUGUACAGUGUAUGUACCGAAUAGGGAUUGUUACAUGAAUCGGAUUUCGAAUAAUACUUAGGCAGCGUAUGUAUGCAAUAAUUGAUGGUCUUUUCGCGAUGCGUUUGUGGUGAGUCAAGCUUAGGAUAGUCUACUUGGCUCAGUGAAUUGCACAGUAGGCUAUGUGGGAAAAUGAGUACCGACAAAAGUAAAGUAUGGAUCUUUAUGUCAACUAAAGUCUUGUUUUCAAGGUUUUUGUAUUUCUGUGGCGGACUCCAGGAGGAGGAGGUGGGCAGCAGCAGCAGGUGAUCACUAGAUUUUUCCUGGGUGUUUCAGUGCAGCUAGCGCGAAUGGGAUACAUCAGACUUCAGAUAGGGCCUGGCUGGGAGAGGGAGUAAGUAUGGACAACCUUUCCGACUUUGGGUCCCUAUGUCCGUCUAGCCGAAGGGAAUGGGACACCAGCAGCUGUGUGGACGAUUUGAUGGAUGAAGAUGAGAAAGACAGGGCAAAAAGGGCAUCUCGUAACAAAUCGGAAAAGAAAAGAAGAGACCAAUUCAAUGUGCUCAUCAAGGAGCUGUGCACCAUGCUGCAGGGCCAAGGUCAUCCGCGCAAGAUGGACAAGUCCACCAUACUGCAGAGAACGAUCAACUUCCUGCAGACACAGAAAGAAAUAACAGCACAGACCGAGUCGUGUGAGAUCCGGCAGGACUGGAAGCCUUCGUUCCUCAGUAAUGAGGAGUUCACCCAGUUGAUGCUAGAGGCUUUAGACGGUUUCCUCAUAGCACUAACUACAGAUGGAAACAUUAUAUAUGUGUCCGACAGCGUGUCUUCACUCAUUGCCCAUUUACCGUCAGAUAUGGUGGACCAAAAUAUCUUGAACUUUCUCCCUGAGCGUGAGCAUGGGGAGGUCUAUAAGCUGCUAUCAUCCCACAUGCUGAUGACUGACCCCAUCUCUGCUGACUUCCUAGACAGUAAGACACACAUUGAGUUCUGCUGUCAUUUAGCCAGAGGAAACAUCGACCCAAAGGAACCCCCUACAUAUGAGUAUGUGAAAUUUGUAGGAGAUUUCAAGUUUCAUAACAAUGUGCCUACUUCCUCUUGUAACGGGUUUGAGUUGACAUUACCAAGAACACUGCAGUCAUCACUGGAAGAGCAGGUCUGCCUUGUUGCCACUGUACGAUUAGUCACUCCGCAGUUUUUAAAGGAUUUGUGUAAUGUGGAAGAUCCCUGUGAUGAAUUCACAUCCAGACACAGCCUUGAAUGGAAGUUCCUGUUCUUAGAUCACAGAGCUUCACCAAUCAUCGGCUACUUGCCCUUUGAGGUUCUUGGGACUUCUGGCUAUGAUUACUAUCAUGUGGAUGACUUGGAGCUUAUAGCGCGGUGUCAUAAGCAAUUAAUGCAGUUUGGGAAGGGUAAAUCCUGCUACUAUCGGUUUCUGACCAAGGGUCAGCAGUGGAUCUGGCUCCAGACACACUACUACAUUACAUACCACCAGUGGAACUCCAAGCCAGAGUUCAUAGUGUGCACUCACACAGUCGUCAGUUACGCGGAGGUGAGAGCGGAGAGGAGGAGAGAGUUUGGCUUGGAGGAGACGUCACCUGAGAUGGCCACUUCGUCCUCCAUAAAGGCUCAGAAGGUGUACCUGGACAUCUGUCCCAAUCUGGAACCUCCCGGACAGGACAGGAUGAGCGGGGCAUGCUCAGUGUCCUCCCACAGCUCCCGGAAAUCCUCCCACACAGCCCUGUCCGACUCGGCAUCCAACACAUCCUUGCGGUUCACAGACGCUUGCACACCAUCACGACAGUCUGCAUCAGUCGCGGGGACAGAGAAGAAUUUGGCCAGACUCGUACCCAGUAGUGCAAAGACUUUGGUACAGAGGCAAAACUCUUUUGACCUCCUUCCCCAACUGAGCCUACCCCCUUCUCCUACCUGCAGCCAGCACUCCGUAAUGCAACAACAACAACAGCAGCAGCAGCAGUCCAUGUACCAACAGCAGCCCCAAGAGCCUCAGCUAGGUGUGAUGAACCAGCUCAAGGAGCAGCUGGAGGAGAGGACACGCAUCCUGCAGAUGGACAUCAAGACUCAGCAGCAGGAGCUGCAUGACAUCAAGGAGAAGCUUCAGCUAGCUAACCUCCAGAUGUUGUUACAGCAACCCAUCCACGGUGACUUUGGCCAGGUCCAACAGCAGCAGCCUCAGCAGCAGGGUCCAGGGAGGCCGGUCCAGCAGCCUCAGCCUCAGUCUAGGGUGAUCAGACAGGCCUCGGCCCACUCCAAACAGCCUCUCCAUGGAGCCCACGACUCGUCCCCUCACUCUCUCCUCAGAGAGCACAGCACACCCUCCCCUCAGGUGCAGCAGAGAUUGAUAAGGAAUGCAGGCGGGCAGAUGCAGGCAGUCAGUCUCCCGGUGCACACCCACACCAGCCUGACCAUGCCCUUUUACAGCAACCCCAUGAUGUUCUCUCAGCAGAUGAACACACAGCCACUGCAGGACGCAAACCAAAGACACUCAGACACCGAGUUCAGUCAAGAGGGACAGUUACGCAUGCUGCUCAACCAGCCAAUGCAUACCCUCUUACCUGAUAGCAGUAUGAGCUCCCAGACUUCCCAGUGCAACACAGCCAUCCAGCAAACCAAAUACUCCCUGGAGCAGCAGAUGAUGACCCCGUCGUUCCCCAUGCAGCAGGUGAACUGCAACGCUGUCCUGGUCCCCUCCCCUGUAUUCACGUCCCCCAUCAUGAUCCCUCACAACAGCUUUAUCACGCACCAGGCCCAGCCCACCUACCACCCUCAGCAGCAGGCCAACCAUCACUCUCUACAGCUGCAGCAGCCCCAGCAGUUCUUUCAGAUGCAGCCCCAAGGACUCUUACACAGUGGACCCACUCAGGCGUUCUUCCACGCCACUAAUAUCCCACAGCAAGGUACUGUGGGUUAUAUUCAACAACAACCGCAGCAGCAGCAACCACAACAACAACAGCAACAACACCACCAUUCCCAAAACCAGACUGGCAACCUUUCAGACUUCCGAAAUAUGCUCACUCGGUAGCACCGAAGACUCAAACAGAGUUGUUAGUUAUCCCCUGAAAUGUAUUGUCACAGGUUCAGUGGCAGAAUUAUAUGGGAUGCAUAGAAGAGACAGAGGCUAUUUGGUGCCAUGCUGUGCAGUGUUAUUCGCUGUUUAAGAAGCCAAAGUGGCUUUGUUUCCACAGCAAAAAAAAAAAAUGAAAAUAUGCCUGUGGUGACCUUACUUCUGAUAAGGAGCCACCCUUUUCAGACAAAGCAGUUUUUGUACCCCAUGCUGGGGUGAACCACAGUCAGAGGCUGCUUGGACCGGUGGCGGCCCCCAAUGUGACAGCUCUCCCAGAAAUGAAAAAGGAGUCAGUGUGCUGAAGGCUUGUGCUUCACUGCACCACCAACCUCUCUGUCCCACUCCACAAAGCUACUGGGACCAUGCUUACACGUCAUAUUUCAUCAUGACACUGCUGGAUGGAGAAAACUAUGAAAGUAAUCAUAAGGAAAACAGUUCUGCUAUGUGUUUUUAUGCAGAUAUGUUUUCAACAAAAAAGUAGGUUAUUGUUAGGUGAGUCUAGUUGUGCACUGACUGCACUUGUUCAUAGCAUCUGUCCUGAUGUUCAGAGAGUAAACACAAGCAGUGAACAUUUACUUCUUCAAAGUUGCAUCUUCAUUUCACAUGAAAAACACUUUGUGUCUGUGAGUUAUGGUUUUGUUGUGCAGUUGUUGCAUACUUUUUUGUUAUGAAACAGCAGUUUUACAAACCUAUAAAACAACAAUAUUUUCCCCAGAAGGAAAUGUAAAGGAAGGGUUCAUUUUGAUGUUGGACAUCAGUUGUUAUUUCAUCACACAUUCAAAUCAGUCAUCCUAGAUACAGUGCAUUCGGACCACUUCCCUUUUUCCACAUUUUGUUACGUUACAGCUUUAUUCUAAAAUGAAUU